UAACGAAUUUUUUCAUGGAAACAUAUUGGUAGAAGAUGCCAGUAUUAAAUUCGUUGCGCUAUUUUACCAACCCUAACCGAAAGUGAUGUAAACAAUACUGGAUGUAAACAAAACACAACAGUGUACAGAAGAAACGAAAAAGGAGAGAGAGAGAGAGAGCGUGCGAGAGCAAAUGUAAAGAGCGCAGGCAAAAUAGAGGCAAAAAACAAAAUGCGGUACAAGGAUAAUGAUGACGAUGUGCCAGGCUGUCAAAUCAAAUAAGCAUUUUUACUCAUAAACGGCUGUUGGACAUACGAGCGUGCGGAACGUGUUUUAAAGCAAAGCAAUUUCAAAGUGGCGCUGUGGCAGACAACAAAAAAUAGGCAAAAUUAGUGAAAUACCUAAGUGUGUGCGCACAGGCAAAAAUAUACCGUGAAAAUAUGUAUCACUUAAGGCGAAUAAAAUGGAUGUUAUGCUAAAAUUAGCAAUAAAUUUGAUUAAAGUGCUCUAAAGUAACGGAAAAGCAAAACGCAAAUUAUAUAAACACACUUCAGUCGAAUUUUUAGCUAGAUAUACACAUUAUAAAAUUUAAUAAAAAAUUGGAAUACAUAUGUACAAGGAAAUGUAUAUGUGAUUAGUAUAGUACAAGCAGUUCACAUUUAAGUAUAAUUUAUGCGCAUGUAUCUCUGCUGUGUGCGAUAUGCAUAAAUCUGUGUAUACAGUGCAUGUACGAGUAUAAUGAGACAGGCUAGGCGUAUGAGUAACCUAAAAAUCCAACUGAAUCACGCGACGAAGUAAUACCACACACUUAAAAAAAGUGAGAUUUUAAUGAAGCAGUGGAAAAUUUAAACAACAGAGUGAUUUGCAGUGCGUUUUGACAUACUCACACAGAUUUUGCAACAACACACAAAGCAAAAAAAGUACUUAUAGUAUUUAAACAAAUAAGCUCACGCAAAUACAAUUCAUUUUGACAUACAACACACGCACACACAAAUAUAUAUUGCAGAGAAAAGUUCAAAUUGCUUAAAUUGGUGAAUAAUAUAGUUAUAUGCCCAUUGAGUGCCUUAUAUCCUUUGAUAAUAAUCCUCAAGGUGUUUACUAUGCUGGGCAGGAGCUUUCCGGCAUUGUUGACCUCAGCGUCGACGCAACAAAGCGCAUUAAAGCAAUACACAUCACAGUUAGCGGCUAUGCGAAGAUACGCUGGAUAAAAAAGGGUUAUCCGCGCGAUAGCGAGCGCGCUAUGUGCCGCGCUUACCGCUCAUAUCUAUCGUCGCGUUCAUAUGUGCUCGGAUCGUGUGCGAGCAGUUCGUGUAUGGACUGGUCGGCCGGCGAUUACUCGUAUACGUUUCACGUAAUACUGCCAGAUAAUCUGCCCACUUCAUUCGACGGCAAAUAUGGGCAGAUACAUUAUGAGAUUAUCACCACAAUUGAUCGGCCAGCCCGAUAUCCUAAAGUCUUCAAGUUGCCAUUUACGGUAAUACAGCCGUUAGAUUUGAAUUUGGACACGAUUUACAGGGUCCCCCUCGAAAUCCUCGAUCGCAAACGAUUCUGGAGCUUUUGCUGUCCCACAGGACCGUUGACUGUGAAAUUCUCCACACCCUAUUGCGGCUACGCACCCGGCCAAAAAAUUCAUUUCGUCCUUUACAUUAACAACGAAUCGUCCAUUGAUAUCACGGACUGUGAGGUCAAACUGAAGCAAGUAGUCAGCUACGAAUCGCAUGAUCCACAGCAUGAAUACCGUUAUGAUAAACAUCUCAUCGCACGCAAACAAUUCGGUAAUGUUUUGCGUUGGAGUCGUAAAGUUUAUCGCGGAUAUCUCAGUUUACCCUCCAUACCGCCGUCAUCGUUGAAAGUUGUAUGCCCAAUUAACAUCACUUAUCUAAUCAAGAUUAUAAUUAAGCCAACGGAUUUCCAUUGGAAGAUGAAACUGAAAAUACCGUUAACAAUUGGUAGCAUACCGAUUAUAGAUAGCAUGGCAGCAGCGGCUGGCUUGCCUAGUUUACUAGAAACCCAGUAUGCCGUUAGACGUGGCUAUUACAGUGGACGUAGACUGAUGGGGCAAAGUGCAGACGAGAGCGCGGAACAGUCAGCAGUUGUGAAUGGUGAAGAGGCUGCCGGUGAAGCACCGCAGGAGAGUAACGAUACUGAAGCAGCGUCGAAUGUUGGCCGAAGCGAUAUACCCACACUGCUUAUAACCGAUGGUGACAAUCCGCCCGACUACAAACUCAUGAUGCCGCCUUCGUAUGAAGAUGCCAUGGCGUUAAGUGAUAAAUUCUGUGAUGACAGCGAAUAUUUGCAAAAUGUCAGCUUAAGUAGUAUUGUUUCCAAUGAAACGACCGAGUCGUUCAAGCCACGCUAUCCCGUCUACUAUGAGUACGAGACGCCAAUCAUACCGCCCGAAACACUCUACGAUGAGUCGCCCUCGCAACUGCGUAUCGAGUUACAGUCUUCGGAUUCGACCGAUUCACCACAUCAACCGCUUAGUGCCGCCAGUUUCAAUGUAUUUCGUAAGGAGAAGAAAUAAUGUAAAUACUUAUUAGAUAUAUAUAAUAAUAUGUAAACCAUAUAAGCUUAACUAAUGUAGUUAAUAUCGUGUAAUAUGCCUGCAGUGAAAUUAAUUACUAGUUCUAAACUAACUGAUAUAUGGAAUGAGUUGAAACUGAACCUAUGAGUCGAUUAUUUUUUUUUUAACAUUAUUUUUUAUAUCACGUAGUCUUGAAAAAUUAUUUUCUUCUUUUUUACAACACGUGGUCUUAAAAUAUUGUUUUUUUCCUUUUCGGUCAGUUCUACCUAAGCCAGUUGUAUAAUCAAAAUUUAAAGAUUAGCUCAUUAAAAGAUUACUUUGGAAAUUUAUUAACAAUAUAAUUUUUAGAAGUACUUGAUUUUCAAUUCAAAAAAUAUUUUUAGCAUUUUUUUUUAUACUGCUUGAGUUUAUAUAGAAUAUUACGAUAUUAAACUAAUAUAUUUACGACAUUACAUUAUUUCUUUUUCUGACUGGUUCAUUUUGGUCCGAAAUUUUUGAUUGCAAAGCAAUAUAUUAUUUACCAGUUCCAUUUAAAAUUUGGUGGUUUGCUGAGUAGUUAUAUUUGAGCCAGAAGUAGCUCAUGCUAAACUAUAUAGUAUUUUCGUUAUGAACUUGUACAUAUAGUUUGAUACUUCACUGCAGGAAAUUUACGAUUUUUAUCACACUUUUACUUGUAUAUUUUUAUUUAUACAUACGAAAACCGAUCUUGUUUCAUUAUGGUCCUUUUCAAUACCAAAUUUUGUCUCUUAAAGUGGCAAAGUGGAAUUUGACGAAUUUUAGUCGAAAAUGCAUAGAUAAUUUCUUAUACAUACAUAUGCAUAUAUUUUAAUAGUAAUAAUGCUUACACACUUCACUUGUACUUAAACAAUUAAGAUAUAAUAUCAACUCUGUGCCAGCAACAACAUGUAAUCGUACGAACACGCGCACAUUCAUAGAAAAACACACUGUAAAAGCUUUAGUACUCAUAAAAUAGUUUAAUAUAGUUAAAUAGCUAUUUAGAUAACUGAAAAAUAUUAAAACAAAUAAAGAUUAACAAAUAUACAAAUACUUUAUAAGCAGCGGUACUAGUUUGAGGGCACUUUAAUUCCUUAAGUAGCAGACUUUUAGCCGUCUACCCGUCACAACAAGUCGUUGGCUAUAGAUAUGAAUACAACUAUCGAGAGAAAAAUCCUUUUUUUGUGAAGUC